GGCAGGCUUCCCUCUCUCCAGCACCGCCUCAGCCACCUUUUCCUUCAAACGGUCCAGGUAGUGAUUCGCCUGCUGGGCUCCAGUGCUGAACCAUUCCCUGCAGAAAAGAGGAGGAAGAAGAAGAAGAAGAGGACCGCCACGUCACCCCCCUGCUAAAGUCCAAGCCCUGGAGGAUGUGUCACCGGCCUGCGUGGAAGCCGGAAGGGUCCGCUCUCCGGGUAUAAAUGCCGGCCCAGGCAAAGCCAGGCAGCACCGGCAGGGCUGGAGACGCAGCGGAGGAGAUCCAUCCCUCAACCAGCACCCACCAACACCGAGCCACAGACGAUGGCUCUGAGGGCAGCUGCCUUGAUUUUGAGCCUCUGGGCCAUUGCAGGGGCUCAGGCUGAAAUCAGCGCUGACCAGGUGGCUGACGUGGUCUGGGGUUACUUCACCCAGCUGAGCAGCAACGCCAAGGAGACGGUGGAGCAGCUCCAGCAAGCGGAAAUCAGCCAGCAGCUCAACACCCUCUUCAAGGACAACCUCCAGGCUGUCAACUCCUACGCUGGGGAACUGCAGAAGCAGCUCGUUCCCUUUGCCACAGACCUGCACGCCCGGCUGGCCCAGGACUCUGAGAAGCUGAAGGAGCAAAUCCAGCAGGAGCUGGAAGAGCUCCAAGCGCGGUUCUCUCCUUUUGCAGACGAGGUCCACCAGCAGAUCAACAAGAACAUCCAGGAGCUGCAGGCCAAGCUCUCCCCUUACGCCAAGGAGCUGCGCGCUCAGGUGGACAAGAACGCGGCCAAGUUGCGCAAGCAGCUGGAGCCCCUGGCCCAGGAGCUGCAGGGCAAGCUGCAGGAGAAUGUGGGCAACCUCCAGACGGCCCUGGGGCCCUACGCGGACCAGAUGCAGGAGCAGAUCAGCCAGCAGGUGGAGGACAUCAAAGGGCAGCUGACCCCCUACGCCGAUGAGCUCAAGGCCAAGGUGGACCAGAGCGUGGAAGAGCUGCGCACGAGCCUGUCGCCCUACGCCCAGGAUGUCCAGGACCAGCUGAACCACCAGCUGGAGGGGCUCGCCUUCCAGAUGAAGAAGGGUGCUGAGGAACUGCGGGUCAAGCUCUCCGAGGGGACCGAGGACCUGAGGCAGAAGCUGACCCCCUACGCCCAGGAGCUGAGGCAGAAGCUGCAGGAGUCCAACUUCCCGGAGACCUUGGGGCCCUACGUGGAAGGCUUGAAUGGGAAGAUCGACCAGCAGAUUGAAGCCUUCCGCCAGACCAUGGGGCCCUAUGGGGAGGACUUCAAUAGGCUGCUGGUGCAGAAGGUGGAGGGGAUGAGGCAGAAGCUGAGUCCCUACGCGGGGGAGGUGGAGGACCAUCUCAGCUUCCUGGAGAAAGACGUGAGGGACAGACUUACCUCCUUCUUUGACACCCUCAAGCCUAUUGAAAACUAAAGGGGGCCCUUUUCCUCCCCACAUAGCUGGUGAGAAGAACUUCAUUUCUGACCUCACAGCUCCAGAGUGCCCCUUCCCUGGGCUUGCACUGUUGGUGCCUUCCUGAGCUCUCUGGGAAACCAGCCCAGAAACCGUCCUCCCCGGUGGAAUCCAGGACUCCAGAGCCCAGCGUACAUGGGGAACAAAGCCUCAAAUGCCGGUGGGGGGAGGCCUAUGUUGUAGCAAUGCUGGACACUUCUCUGUUACUCUCUCUGUCUGUUGCUGCUUGCAAGCUCCAUGAAGUGUCCUAACUGCGUGCAGGCACAUGCACACACACAAACACACACUCUCUCCCCGCCGAAAUAAACAAGCAACUCAGCAAUG